GGCGGCCAUGGAGGAAGCGCGGCGAUGGCUGGCGCUGUGCUGGGCGCUGGCGCUGGCGGGGCCCGGGGCGGCCCAGGAGCAGGCGCGCGCGGAGGAAAAGUGCCAUUACUACGCGGGGGGCCAGGUCUACCCCGGGGAGGCGGCGCGCGUGCCCGUGUCCGACCACUCCCUGCACCUCAGCCAGGCCAAGAUUUCCAAGCCGGCACCUUAUUGGGAAGGAACAGCAGUAAUCAAUGGAGAGUUUAAAGAGCUGAAAUUAACAGACUAUCAAGGAAGAUAUCUUGUCUUCUUCUUCUACCCCCUUGACUUCACAUUUGUGUGUCCAACUGAAAUUAUCGCCUUCAGUGACAGAAUUGAAGAAUUCAGAGCAAUAAACACUGAAGUGGUAGCAUGUUCUGUUGACUCACAGUUCACUCACUUAGCAUGGAUUAAUACUCCACGAAAACAAGGAGGACUUGGACCAAUGAAGAUCCCACUUCUGUCAGAUUUGACACACCAGAUUUCAAAGGAUUAUGGUGUAUAUCUAGAGGACCAAGGGCACACACUUAGAGGCCUUUUCAUUAUUGAUGAUAAGAGGAUCCUUCGACAGAUAACAAUGAAUGAUCUUCCCGUUGGCAGAUCAGUGGAUGAAACACUUCGUCUAGUACAAGCAUUCCAGUACACUGACAAACAUGGAGAAGUUUGCCCUGCUGGUUGGAAACCUGGCAGUGAGACAAUCAAACCUGAAGAUGCCAUGAGAGCGUGGUGGCCAAGUCAAGAGCUGUAAGUAAACUCUGAGGCACUUGAGUACAGAUGUUAAUUUAUGGAAAUAAUUUCAAGUUCACUUACAGGGAAAAUCAGACUGGAGUACAUUCUUUCAACAAGGUAGAUUCUAUUUCUUUCUUGAACUCCACUUCCUCCUCCAUCGCCCCUACUGCCCUCCAUUGAUUAGUGUUCAUUAGAGACAAGCACUAACCGUAGAUGUGAACAGGUGAAAGGUAAUUUCUGAAUGUAGUGUGUGACCAUUAAUGCCAGAAUAUGAGGUAGAUAAUAUUUGUUCCUUUUGUUUUUAGACCAACACU